UCAAAAAAUUUUCCCCCCAACUCAACUCGUUUCCUCGGAAAUAGGAAUAGCGUAAUCCGCUGCUAUUUGUAGGCAUUUCCACGCUCACUCUCUCUCAGUCACUGACUCAGUAAGAGAUGGCGUACGUGGCAGCCAUACUGAGUCGAAAGCUUUCCCACACGCAAUUCCAUGUCGUCGGAAGAAUAAGACUAAGAUCGUUGUCGGACUCGGCGCCGGUGCCGGGUUCGGGUUCGAAUCGGAUAGAGAAGAUUCUGGUGGCCAACAGGGGCGAAAUUGCUUGCAGGAUCAUGAGGACCGCUAAGCGUUUGGGGAUUAGAACCGUCGCCGUUUACAGCGACGCCGAUAGGAACUCUCUCCACGUUAAAUCCGCCGACGAGGCAAUUCGUAUCGGUCCACCACCAGCUCGAUUGAGUUACCUAAGCGCCUCUUCGAUUCUCGAAGCCGCCGUUUGUACCGGUGCGCAGGCUAUUCACCCCGGUUAUGGAUUCUUGUCGGAAAGUGCUGAGUUUGCGCAACUUUGUGAAGAUAAAGGUCUCACCUUUAUUGGACCUCCAGCAUCCGCAAUCCGAGACAUGGGUGAUAAAAGUGCGUCAAAGAGAAUAAUGGGUGCAGCUGAUGUGCCGAUUGUGCCUGGAUAUCAUGGUAAUGAACAAGAUAUUGAGCUCAUGAAGUUAGAAGCUGAUAGGAUUGGGUAUCCAAUCUUAAUAAAGCCCACUCAUGGCGGCGGAGGAAAGGGUAUGAGGAUUGUGCACAGUCCAGAUGAAUUUGUUGAAUCUUUCUUGGGAGCACAACGGGAGGCUGCUGCUUCUUUUGGCAUAAACACAAUAUUAUUGGAGAAAUACAUCACACAGCCUCGGCAUAUUGAAGUCCAGAUAUUUGGGGACAAACAUGGAAAUGUUCUGCAUUUAUAUGAGAGGGAUUGCAGUGUACAGAGAAGACACCAGAAGAUAAUUGAAGAAGCUCCAGCUCCAAACAUUUUGAAUGACUUCCGUUCCCAUUUGGGUCAAGCUGCUGUAUCUGCUGCUAAGGCAGUUGGUUAUCACAAUGCUGGCACUGUGGAAUUUAUAGUUGAUACUGCCUCGGACCAGUUUUAUUUCAUGGAGAUGAACACACGUCUACAGGUUGAGCAUCCUGUGACAGAGAUGAUUGUUGGUCAAGAUCUUGUAGAAUGGCAAAUUCGUGUUGCAAAUGGAGAAGCUCUUCCCAUAAGUCAGUCGCAGGUGCCGUUGUCAGGUCAUGCUUUUGAAGCGCGAAUAUAUGCUGAAAAUGUACCGAAAGGAUUUCUUCCUGCAACUGGAGUUCUUCAUCACUAUUAUCAUGCUCCAGUCUCUUCAACAGUUCGAGUUGAGACUGGAGUUGAGCAAGGACAUGCCGUUAGCAUGCAUUAUGAUCCUAUGAUUGCUAAGCUUGUAGUAUGGGGAGAAAAUCGUGCUGCUGCAUUGGUUAAACUGAAAGAUUGCUUGUCAAAAUUUCAGGUUGCAGGUUUACCAACAAACAUUAAUUUUCUUCAAAAACUUGCUAACCAUUGGGCAUUUGAAAAUGGCAAUGUGGAGACCCAUUUUAUUGAACGCUUUAAAGAUGACCUCUUUGUUGACCCUAGUAAUUCAAUAUCAGCAAAAGAAGCAUUUGAUGCUGCUAGAUUUAGUGCAGGACUGGUAGCUGCAUGUGUCAUUGAAAAGGAGCAUUCUGCAUGGAAAGAUAAUUUGCCUGCAUUUUCAGGGGGAAAUGGCUCAAUCUCCAUAUGGUACUCUUCUCCCCCUUUCCGAGUCCAUCAUUGUGCUAGGAGUUCAAUGGAACUUGAGUGGGAGAAUGAAUAUGAUAGCAGUGGCUCGAAAUUGUUGGCACUAUCAAUCACUUAUCAACCAGAUGAGAACUAUCUGAUUGAGCAGGCAGAAGAAAACAUUUCCCCUGGUUUGAAAGUGAAAGCAACACACUUAGACAAUCAUAAUUUCAGAGUUGAAGUUGAUGGUGUAAUAAUGGAUGUGAGCUUGGCUGUUUACUCCAAGGAUGAGACCAAACAUAUUCACAUAUGGCAUGGGUUGCAUCAUCAUCAUUUCAAACAGAGAGUAGGGCUUGAAUUAUCUGAAGAUGAUGAAUCCCAACAUAAACCCAGUUUUGAGACAGCCUCUCAUCCUCAAGGUUCAGUUGUAGCGCCCAUGGCAGGUUUGGUGGUUAAGGUUCUGGUAAAGGAUGGUGCAAAAGUGGAGGAAGGACAACCAGUAUUAGUCUUAGAGGCAAUGAAGAUGGAGCAUGUUGUCAAGGCACCAUCUGCUGGGCAUGUCCAGGGGCUUCUAGUGUCAGCCGGCCAACAGGUUUCAGAUGGUAGUGUUCUCUUCAGUGUCAAGGUGUAGAAGAAGACAUUAUGUAGUUCAACUGAUUCCGAAAAAAGCUAAGUUGGAUCCGCUGAAGUUGUCCUCGAAGAUAAAAAUUGCUUUUUAAUCCUGACCCUUAUUACACGACAUAAAAAAGAAACCGCAAGAAAUAGUUAAAAUAAAUUGUACUGGUGUGUACUUGAUGUACGAAAGAUCAUGUUGAUCAUGUGUUAAUAAUUGUGUUAAAAGUGACAUAAAAAAAGGAAAUAAAGCCAUUUAUUUCUACAA